AUGGCCAAGAGGUUGUCAUCACUGUUCUCCCUGUCGAGGGACGACAAAGACCACCCAGACACGCCUCAGUCUUACACAGCGCAAUCUCCUCAAUAUGCCCUGUCCCCCGCCCAUCUACCGACUCCCACCUCGCAUAAACUCCACAAGCACCGUUUUACUGCUUCCUCAGACAUCGACUUCAAUAACCAUGAUCUUCCUCCUCUCGAACCCCCCCCAUUCCUGUCAGACUCAGGCUUCCCACGUCCUCCCAGCAGCAAUCGAAGCGGGCCCGAUAGUAGACCGGGCAGCAGGAACAGCAGUCCUCACAGCUUCACGGAGAAUAGGAGCCGUCCCCAGACACCAAACCUUAUGAUUCCCCGCAACUCCACGGGCUCACCCGCCCGACCUGCAACACCAAACUCGGCAAAGAUUACAAAGAAGAAGUCAUGGCUUCCCGGCCGAUCAGAUAAGCAAAAGCCCGACGAUGGACACGGCGCACCGAGAGCGUGGAUAGCUGGACUACGGGAGCACGUCCCGUACGAUUUGACACCUCUACUGACAGGUGACAAGAUACCCGAACUGUGGAACGAGCGUGGAGACACCAUCAUAUACCUGUAUCCACCUUCAUCAGGUCGAGGGCCUUGUUUCAAGAUAUCAUCCUCACUCCUAGCAGACUCCAAGGCUUUGGUCGAUUUGCGUAUCCAGUCUCCCACAACUCCCAUCACCAGCACGGGCGAUGCAUCUCAUAUUGAAGGGGCAUUUUCUGAAUUGUCCAUGGAACCUCAGCAUAUCCGACCCCCAUCUCAGCAAAGCUCGACCUACCGGCCUUCUAUGAAUUUCUCCGUCCCAAACAUCGUGACGUCCAUCAGCCAGGAAAAGCAUGUCUACCUGCCAGUGGGAUUUGAGACAAAUAUGUCAGUUCCUGGUAUACAACCCAAAGGGGAUGAUUUUGAAUUGGUUGUGCUUUAUCGCAAUUUUUUCGCCUUUCUAGCAGGUGGGGCAUUGGUCGCCACACCCAGACAAGUGACUUUGUUUUCGAUUUUCAUGGGUAUCAGCAGUAUUCUCAAACGCUUUAACUUCAGCAAUAUUGACGGCUCGACCUUCGGAGAAGUCCCCAUCAACAGCUUUUCAAGAUACUGCGAAGAGUUGAGGUUGGCUGAUGUUCGCUCGAGCCGAGAGAAGACCAUUGAAGCUAUCGUGCUAGGGGAACAUCUCAGAUCAUGGCAGCUGUACAAUGAAGGUUUUGCACAUGCUGUCGGGCGUCUUGUUGAUAUAAAGUCCAUUCAAAGCCCCAAGUACCAUACCAUGUCACCAAUCACCAUCAAUCGCUUAGAACGAGCUCAUCUGGAUAUCGAGCAGCGAUUAUUGACGGUCAGAGGCAAACUCGAAGAUUUCGACUUCCCUUCCAUGUUUGCAGGUAUUGCCAAUUCCCAGACCUCGACCGAAGCCAAGCUUGUGAGGUUCAAGGAAUGGAAGGCCGGCUUUCUGGAUUUUCGUCGCUUCAUCUUUGCUCAUUAUCGCCGAAAGUAUGGUGCUUGGCCACCCAAAGCAUCAUCCAAGAAAAACAAUUUCGAAGAAAGUGGUCUCAAUCGGAUGCUGUUGAGAGAACUCUAUAAAGACUUCUGCGACAUGUAUGAUACAUUGGUCGAUCGAUCAGCAUUGACUACUAGGACGGCCGACAUGCCCCCAAUGGAUGGUGACGCUGAAACCAAUGAUCUAAAUGAGACGAUUCAGCACGCCAUCCGGCGCGUGGAAAGCGAGUAUGAUCGAGCAACACCCCCUGUAAUGCCACCAAUUCCAUUCGAUAUACCUCUCCUCCCACAAUUCUCCCAAAGCUUCAAUCGCAACCAUGUUGUGGUCUCAGAUCAGUCUGCGCUCCAAGCCAAAAGGCUGAGCCAGAAUGAGGUCAACGAGGUGCUACUGGGCUCUUAUAAUCGAGAAAGCAUCAAUGCGAGUCCGUUCAUCCAAGAUUUUUUCAACUAUGAACGUCGACUUGGGGAUGGUAAAACGUUGGAGCAGAUCGUGGACGCGAGGUGUGGACAGUGGCUGUUCAUGUAUGCCGUCUUGCAAGCCUUGCCUAUGACUGUUGUCGAUGCACGCGAUCUCCAGUAUACGGAAGGUGCCGAAUAUUUCCUAUGUGUGCCUCCUCGAGGAGGUAGACCGUGGAUGAAAGAAGACCAGUCUACAUCCCGAGCCUGGUACAAUGUUGCGAGUGGAGGAGGCAUAGUCAGUAUGCCAGCUGAUCAGAUCGACCAUGGUGUCGAAGGAGUGUAUCGUCGCAGUCACUGUUGGACUGUUGCGAGUGAAUGGGUUAAUGCACUGCCGGCAUCAGCACUGCCUCCACUCAAGCAUGCGGACACAGCGGGCCUGCAACCGCCACCUCCAUUUGGGACCAAUUCGCCUUACCUGAGCCCGCAACAAUCACCAUACGCCAGUCCACAACUAUCGCCUGUUUUCCGUCCUCUAACUCCAUCCUCAUCUAAUGAUUACCACAGCAUCGGCAAAGUCAGAAGUUCGGUGAAUCUGGGUCUAGAAGCCAUCGAUGCCCCACCUCCACAAAAUACACCACGGUCUGUAUCCACAUACAAUCCAAACAUUACCUUCGACGCGAUUCUAGGUGGAGGAGCGCCAGCGUUGCAGGGGAAGGGCAAAAAGGGAAAGAAGUAA